AUGACAACCUAUCGCGGCUCGCCGUUGAGACUCCUGGAAGCAUGGAAAGACCGAGCCGGGGCAUGUUCCAUACAAGAAAACGACAUCUUGAUCGAGGAACUCGAUAGCUGGCUGGUGGAGAAGACCGGAGAGCUUGAUCCAAUCGAAAUCGACUCAAAUGGCUCUUACUCCGUUCCGCAGCCGACUUUACGACUUAUCUGUUGCAAUUUUGGUGCCCUCUCCACAGGUUCAGGAUUUGGAACACGUACCAUUCAACGCAUCUGCGAUACUUUCGCCCUGCAUUGGACGACAAAUGAAGCUUUCGUUACUAAUAAUGGCACAUUUGCUAGGCACUUCGCUAGGGACCCAGCAUCUGGUGCCAUGUCGAAAAUGUUUCUUGUUGUGAGAGUACCACACUUCGUGAUCGGCUCAUACGGGCUCUCCAUAGUCUUCAACAACAAGACGGCGACCACACGAGCCCUGCUUUAUGGGUAUACAGACAACGACUACCAAGGACUCCUCGAGUAUAUGCACGAAAAAACGGCAAUCUCGUUCUAUCAAAACCCUUUGCUCCUUACAGGCCACCUGCUGCGAAGUUACCGAAAGAACGCCGAAGCAUACCGAGCUAAAAUCGAUCACUGCAUAUAUCGAACUGAAAUAUCACUCGGCUAUGCUGUCCCAGGGUCAUUACUGUACGAAUCUGCUACCGCAUCUACAGGCAAGUUGGAUUUCGACCGCUUUGUGCAAAAACUGCAAUCCAAUCAUGACGACUUCAUGCGCAAACUGCACUCUUGCCAGACCGAGCUAGGCGCUCUCACGCAUGCAGGCAACUUUGGUCGAGAGUUAGGUAUAUUCUUGCACAAGAUCUCAGAAGAGUUGGAUGAGUCGAGCACCGUGCCGCGGUACAGCGACAAAGAUGCUUGUGCCGCUAAUGAGCGCAUUCUUCACGAUAUCGACUUUCAAACUAACUUGUGGUGGGCUUUGCUGUCGCAGAUGGUUGCUCUCAAGGAUCGAGCGCAGACACAUAUCAAUCUGGUCUUCAGCUUCAUUGCGCAAGACGAGAAUCGGCUGAGCCGCUCGGUUGCGGAAAAGAGCGAGAUGAUCGCAGCUGCAAGCAAGAAGGACAGCGCAGCUAUGAAGACUCUCGCGGUACUCACCACCGUCUUUCUUCCGCCGACAUUCGUUGCGACAUUCUUUAGCAUGACAAUGUUUGACUGGAAAUCGGAUUCGCCAGGCACGCCGAUCACCUCAAGAUAUCUUUGGGUUUAUUGGGCUGUCGCGGUCCCUCUGACUGGACUUGUGUUCAUCACUUGGCGUGUCUGGUGGGGUCUAGAGAAAGGGAAGUACGAGAAAGAGAUACGCAAAGAGAAGUAA